AGAUCUAUUUGAGAUAGACAUACAGACAGUGGUGUUUCUAGUUUAGCUUGCUAGUUUGACGACAUGUUUUUUUUGAAUGAUUGUCAAAGCCAAACAAACUAGCAUGAACUGCUGCUUUGGGAUGCAAGUAUUAUAGUUAGCAACCUUUUCAAUACCACAAAUCGGACAUCAGCGGUGCACAAAUAUACGACUGGUGAGGUUGUGAGCAAACAAGGGAGAGUGUGUGUGAGAGAGAGAGACUGAAAGAGUGGUCGUCAUGGCAGCUGAGGCGCAGAGACAGCGGUCUCUGUCCACGUCAGGAGACUCGCUCUACCUGGUCCUGGGGAUCGACAAGAACGCCUCGCCGGAGGACAUCAAGAAGUCCUACAGGAAACUGGCCCUGAAGUUCCACCCAGACAAGAACCCAGACAACCCCGAGGCUGCUGAUAAGUUUAAGGAAAUCAACAGCGCCCACGCCAUCCUGAACGACUGUACCAAGAGGAACAUCUAUGACAAGUACGGAUCCCUGGGACUGUACGUGGCCGAGCAGUUUGGAGAGGAGAACGUCAACACCUACUUUGUCCUCUCCUCCUGGUGGGCUAAGGGCCUGUUCAUCUUUUGUGGCUUGGCGACUGGCUGCUACUUCUGCUGCUGCCUGUGCUGCUGCUGUAACUGCUGCUGUGGAAAGUGUAAACCGCGGCCUCCCAUGGACCAGGAACCAGAGUUCUACGUCUCCCCUGAAGACCUGGAGGCACAGAUGCAGUCUGACGAGAGAGACGUUGGUGGUGACCCCAUCAUGAUGCAGCCGUCUGGAACAGAGACCACCAGGCUGACGUCAGACAACCACUCCUCCUACCGGACCGACACCGGAUACAACUAAACCCCCUGUGCCCCUACACCGGAUACAACUAAACCCCCUGUACCCCUACACCGGAUACAACUAAACCCCCUGUGCCCCUACACCGGAUACAACUAAACCCCCUGUACCCCUACUCUCUACACCGGAUACAACUAAACCCCCUGUACCCCUACUCUCUACACAUGAUACAACUAAACCCCCUGUACCCCUACUCUCUACACCAGAUACAACUAAACCCCCUGUACCCCUACUCUCUACACCGGAUACAACUAAACCCCCUGUACCCCUACUCUCUACACCGGAUACAACUAAUCCCCCUGUACCCCUACUCUCUACACCUGCUACAACUAAACUCACCUAAACCGACACUCUGUACCCCUACCCUCUACACUCCAUUGCCCUACACCGCUAUCCUGCCCCUGAGAAGAAGAGUAGAGGACACAAUGGUGAGAGAGGGGAAGAUGGCAAGGAGGAUGAGGAGGUCACAUAUCUUUGGUAGAGAGUGCUCCAUCUGACAGAUUGAGAUUUUUUUUUUCAUGAAAGAAAUGCAAAGUAAUAUACAGUGGGGAGAACAAGUAUUUGAUACACUGCCGAUUUUGCAGGUUUUCCUACUUACAAAGCAUGUAGAGGUCUGUAAUUUUUUAUCACAGGUACACUUCAACUGUGAGAGACGGAAUCUAAAAUAAAAAUCCAGAAAAU